AUGUCGUCGACGUCGCCGUAUCGAUUGGGCGGCAUGAGACGCGGGCCUGCGACUGCUUCGUCGCCGUCGUCGCCCCGCCUAUCCAGCGGCUCGAAAAGCUGUUGCGCAACUGCCAUCACUAUUCGGCCCAGAAACGGCAUGGGCAUGUGGCGAGCCGUAGCACUGCUUGCUUGCCUCUCCGUCGCCGCACAAGCUUCGGUUUUUUCAGAGGGAGGAUUGAUUGACAAGGAUACACUGGUCGAGGAUUACGGUAGAGAGGCAGAGGCGGAGGGCAACGAGUUGAAGGAAUAUGAGCCAGAGGAUGUUGCAGCGGUUACUUAUGAGCUCAUGAAAGCUGUGAAGAAUCCGGAGAACUACAAUGAGGAGAAUUACCCAUUGAUCAACGAACUCGUUCGUUAUGAGAACACAUUCGGUUUUACCGACGCGUAUUUCGAGAUUCUUGACGAGUUCCACAAAAAUGAGAUGAAACAUGAGACAGAACAGAGACAACAGGAGAAGCUCGGAGAAGCAAACAAAAGUGACGAAGUCGAUUCAAUUCUGAAAGACACUGAAGAAUUGAUUCUGGAGGAGCUGGCAAAGAAUAAAGCGCCUGCGACGAAGAUCGAAUCGGCACCGGAAUUGCCUGACAUCGGCGAAGAGGAACCAUUGGAGGAGGUCGCCGUAACAGGAGAGCCUCACGUACCACAGAAGAAAGGGCAAAAUGAGUUUGUCUCAUUUGUCGAGCCCGUUGAGCAGCCUCUCAAGCAAACCAAAUCCGUUCCAGCCGUUGACAAACGACGCCUGUCAACUUCUGCGGAGUUCUCCAGCCACGUGCCACGUUACAGCAGCAGCAGCCUUCUGCUUAUCGCUGUCGGAACUGUGAUGUCAGUGGGAGUUGUCGGAACAGUAGCUGGAGGAGCUUACUACUGGAAAAUAUCAAAAAUCUUAAGGCGUCGUCACGAGACCCCAGAUGACGGCGAAUAUGCACCAUACGCUGGAACAGGACCCGGAUACAAGAAGAACAAGGGAAACAAGGGAGAUGAAACGCUUGCCUACAAAGCUCAAUUGCACCAAUAUCAACAAGCAAAACAGAAAAUAAUUUGCGGUGAAGAUGCUCCAGGAAUAAUUGAUUCUGACGGAGAGGAUUGCGCUGACGAAGAGAAUAACUUCAGCGUUUACGAAUGCCCUGGAUUGGCCCCAACCGGUGAUAUUGAAGUUUGCAACCCGAACUUCACAGCUCAGCCAUAA